CGGCUGCCCAUUCGGGGCUGACGAUCACGUACAUAACGCGCUCUACACGUGAUCGUUCACCUCGUGCGACGCGCCUGCCGCCCGCGCCGCCCCGCGGUUCGAGUUGGACGAGCGCGUGAAUGCAGCCUUCCCGCGUAACCUCCAAUUGAGUAUCUCUACCCAUCCCUGCUCUCGAAAACUCUGGCUGCAUGCAGUGAGUCUACAGACCAUCUGCGGUGCACUUCCGGUUCCAUCUACUAUCACUACAACGCGUGGCACGGUGGUCCGACUGCCGCCAUCAUCUCAAUCGGGACCACAGUUCGCUUCAGUGAACUUUACCCAAUAUGUCGGAUGAGGCAAUCCGUUAUCCUCGGUAUAUCGCCAACUGGUGGCUCGGUGAUAAACUUGGGGAAGGCUUUUCAGGCGCAAUCUUCCGCGCAACCCACCUACACACACGGCAGCAGGUCGCUGUCAAACUCCAACCCAGCGACAUCGACUGCCCCACGAAUUCCUAUGAGCGCAACUUCUACCCAGCGCUCCAGGGCGGCACCGGCAUGCCCACACUGUGGGCUUCUGGCGUGGAGAGAGGCUUUGACUUUCUCGCCAUAGACCUCUUGGGCCCUAGUCUUGACUCCCUCUUCCGGCGUAGCGGCAAGAACGUCAUGGACCUGCGCAGCGUAUGCUGCAUUGCAAUGCAAGUGAUAGAACGCCUGGACUUCAUGCACUCGCGCGGUGUACUCCACAGAGACAUCCAACUGGGGAACUGCGUCGUCGGCCUGCCACCGCACGACCAGCUGAUCUACAUGAUCGACUUUGGGUUCUCAAAGUUUUACAUCGACAGGCGCACAGGGCGUCACAUCCCCGAUAGCAAGCAGAAGCGUGAUUUCAUCGGGAACUAUUGGUUCAGCUCCGUCGGCGUCCACUGCAGGGGCAAGGUACCCUCGCGGAGAGACGACAUGGAAGCAGCCGCACUCAUGCUCAUUCACCUCCUGACGCCGGGCGGACUCAGUUGGACACGCAAUGGGGUGCCUAAGACUGACGCAGCGCACGAGCGGCUCAAGCGCGAGAAGCGCGAUGCCCGCCCUGAAGACCUCUGCAGGGGCCUGCCCGCUGAAUUCGAGGAGUUCCUUCGGUACUGCCGGCGGCUCAAGUUCAUGGACUGCCCUGAUUACGCGUACUGGCUCAAUGAGUUCCGCGAGCUCGCGAAGGAGAGCGGCUUCCCAGAAAACUCGCUCUUCGUUUGGCCUCCUCCAGAACCCGUUCGCUCAAUACAUGUUAUCCCUCCCAGGCAGCCUGGAGGCGUCUCGCCAAGGACGGUGGACGGCAUAUUGCACGACCUCGCGAACAUGCACUUGGGCAGCAGACAGGUCCUGGGCGAGCGGAAUACCAACGCGAACAAGCCCCGCAAGGACGAGAAUGACGCAGGGCGCGGUCCGGCGAACGCCAUCGUCAUCAGCAGCGCGAACGAGAACCCGCGCAAGCCGCAGUCAGUCGUGCGCAUGACGAAGGCGACGCACCUCACGAAGCUGGCACGGGCUGUGAGCGACGCGCGGGACAAUGAGAACCUCUCGAGGGUCGUGCAGGAGUUCGUGGAGCUGCUCCAGGCGAGCCGCUCGCGGACGCUGACGAAGGAGGGCUUCACCGUGCUCGACGCGCUCUACAAGCAGCUCGCGGACCCGUCCGUGUACAUCAUGCCCCUGCGCACGUCGCGCACGAGCGACAAGGAGCAGGCGGCGGGGUCGGAGCCGCGCUACGUGAAGAUGAACAAGCUGUUCCAGCUGAGGACGGGCGUCGUCUCGGCGCAGAACAACCGUGCGCUCGCACAGCUGGUCGCGGAGUUCGGCGCUGUCAUCAACAAGAGCAACGGGCGGACGAUCACCAAGGACGCGUUCGGCUUCUUGGAAAACCUUGCUGCUAGGCUGCAGCAACUGGCUUAGGCCAGUCGUGCAUGGACUAUCGUACUCUUGACUUUCUUGCGUGUACCGCGAUUCGGCACACCCUACAGUACCACUUGGCUUAGCAUGUUGUAUAAGUUAGUAGCUGUGCGUCUCAGACGAUGACUCGUCAUUCUAAUGCGACUUUCUGCGCGCGAAGGUCGCUAGAGUUUUAACGUUUAGUACUUAGUGGGACGCCCGAUUGAGUCCCUACGUGACGCCCCGCAUCUCCCUUGCGUUUGGG